UGCAGCUAACAGUAGCUUGUGUUGAAGAAGAGGAGCCAACGCGCCUGAUCACCGCUGCGCCAAGAGGAAAGUUCAGAAGCAGUAGCCUAAUAUUGCGCCAUAUUUCCCAAACUAUGGCAGAACGAAGUCGGUUGUCGGUGGACAAAGACGAACGACGCGGUAAGGUUUAAUUGGAGCCACACAGGCCCUAGAGGAAGCAGACGCAAGCCUUGGUUUUUGUGGAUGGUUCAUUGUUAUAUGCUCUAUUUUGCUGACUUUGGCCACCUUGCCUAUCUCAAUAUGGAUGUGUGUCAAGAUUGUGAAGGAGUAUGAGCGAGCCAUCAUCUUUCGUUUAGGACGAAUUCUCAGAGGAGGUGCCAAAGGGCCAGGUUUGUUCUUCAUCCUGCCCUGCACAGACAACUUCAUCAAAGUGGAUAUGCGGACCAUUUCAUUUGAUAUUCCCCCACAAGAGGUCCUUACCAAGGACUCGGUCACGGUGAGCGUUGACGGAGUGGUGUAUUACCGUGUUCAGAAUGCCACUCUGGCUGUAGCCAACAUCACCAAUGCGGACGCCGCCACCCGCUUGCUGGCCCAGACCACCCUGAGGAACGUCCUGGGCACCAAGAAUCUGGCCGAGAUCCUGUCCGACCGCGAGGAAAUCGCACACAGCAUGAUGACUACCCUGGACGAGGCCACAGAUGACUGGGGCAUCAAGGUGCAGCGCGUGGAGAUUAAAGACGUCAAGCUGCCCAUGCAGUUGCAGAGAGCCAUGGCCGCUGAGGCAGAGGCCUCAAGGGAGGCUAGAGCCAAGGUGAUUGCAGCAGAGGGGGAGAUGAACGCGUCCCGUGCACUAAAGGAAGCGUCUCUGAUCAUUGCCGAGUCUCCCUCAGCCCUGCAGCUGCGCUACCUGCAGACCCUCAACACCAUCGCCGCCGAGAAGAACUCCACCAUCAUCUUCCCACUGCCGAUUGACAUGAUGCAGGUGUUCCUCAAACAACAAUAAGACGCCCCUCUACUGUUGUGCUUACACAAACACCAGGGGCCUAUGCUAAGAAGCGGGUUUAGGAGCAAACCAACCUGAGGACUCCAUGCUCUUCUAUUAGAUGAUUUACCUCUUUUAACCUGGUUUACUCCUGAACCAGCUUCUUCGUAUAUCCCUCACACACACACACACACACACACACACACACACACACACACACACACACACACACACACACACACACACACACACACACACACACACACACACACACACACACACACACACAGAAAUAUUUUACUGUUGUAUGUACUCAGAUGGCCCCAGGUGUUGCAGCAAAAACAAAAGGCUUGAAUCACCAAUCUGGCAUGAGGCAGUCAUUCCCACUCUAUCAGGACAAAAAUUCUAUGCCUGUCUUAAAAUGAUCAAAACAUUUAACUUUAAACAACAAGUAUCUCUACUGUGCCUGAAAUUUCCAAAACAUUUAGGAUUAGGAUCAUCGACUUGUAAAUAACGUAUCUUACUGUCCCGCACCAGAUUUCAGAGACCAUGCAGCCCCGUUUCCGAUGUGUGGUUAAUGGUUGGAAAGAAAUAGCUGAGUUUUCAAAGCCUUUAUUUUGAAAAGAUUGUGUUGAAUUUGGAGACUACGUAUAUGCCAUGAUAUAUGUCAUACUAUAUGAUGUGAGCAUACAGGCUUUCUUGAUAUUACUACUUGUUAAGUGUGAUGUGUAGGUGUCGUGAAACCUAUGUACAUUUGUACUAUAUUUUUUACAAUUGAAAAUGCAGUUGUUAGGUAAUUUCUUACUUGCCACACAUCAGUUCUGUUGAGACAACAUCUAAUUAUUAUUGCAUAAUAUAAUACAGAACAAGUGUUUAGCGGUAUAUGUACAUACUUCUUGCCAAGAGUGGUCAACCUACUUGAAAUUGAAAACUUGUGUAUUGUACUCUAUCAUAUUUGCUAUAUCUCUCUCUCCCUCUUGUUCAACUUCACUUGUUCUUGCUCUAAUUCUGCCUCUCACUCUCUUUCUCUCUCCCCCCUCAACACCCCCCCCCCCCUCAUGUGCCCAUAUUUGACAACAUAAAGCCUUAGAACAGGGAUAUUCUUACUUCUAUACUACUGAAUAGGGUUAGUUGAUUUUACUUUUAGCUUGUUUUAAGGGAAAAUGUUGGAUCAAAGUAGCUAGGGCCUGCCAGUAGGUACCUCUUUCGACGCUGCAGUAGUGAAGUCAGUCUGGAAAAAAUGGAUUUCGAAUCAUGGCCGGAAUUCAGGCUCCAAUAAAAAUCGAGCACUUUCAGGAACUUGUUUGAGACUAUUUGAAGGUGAGACGCACUAGUUCUGUCAUUGACUCCGCUGGUAGCUGAGUCAGAGGAAAGACGGGUCUGAUUGAUUUUUAGCGUUGGCCAGUGGCAUACAUAAGUAUUUGAUAGAUAAUAAUAAUAAUAAUAAUAAUUGUAUUUGUAUAGCACUGUGUCAUACAAG